UCCCUUUCCCCUGAUAAAAAAAACACACACUUUCUUGCCAUUUUCCAAGCCAUGUCAACCUCAAGAACCUCAGAUGCUUCCCUCAAAGGAUAUGAGUCCAACCAAACCCAAAUGAAUUUGUCUCUCCUUCAACGUAACAUGUCUCCUUCUGGUGAGAGAAGAGGCCGGGGAAAGCAAGCAGAACCUGGAAGGUUUCUCGGAGUAAGAAGGCGCCCUUGGGGUAGAUAUGCUGCUGAAAUCAGAAACCCUUUAACUAAAGAAAGACAUUGGCUUGGAACAUUUGACACUGCUCAAGAAGCAGCUCUUGCUUAUGACAGAGCUGCUCUGUCCAUGAAAGGAUGCCAAGCAAGAACCAACUUCAUAUAUUCCAAAGACACCAAUACCAACAUUUUCCACAAUGCUCUCACUCCUAUGAAUGCUCAACCUCUCUUGCCACCUUCAUAUAACACUCACAACCCACAACCAAUCAAUCAAAGUGGCCUAUCUCACCUUGGUAACAUUUCUUCCCACAUUGAAAACCCUUCUGGCAUGAGUUCAUCUGGGUCACCUCAGGAUGAUAAUUUCUUCUUCUCCAGUGAUUCUAACUCGGGCUAUCUUGAAUGCAUAGUUCAGGAUAACUGUUCAAGGAAGAGCAAUGCCAGUGCUUCAAGUCAUGACCUUAAGCUUGGCCACGUUAAUACAAGUUCCAUGCAUGUUCAGCCACAUUUUGACACCACUCAUGAAGUCCUGAACAUGCAAACAACAGUGGCUUCAAACUCCGCAGAUUUUUCUUACCCUAGUAAAGGAUUAUGGGAUUGCAGCUCCAAUGAACUAGCAGCUAUGUUUAAAAAUCCAUCAAGGGCUGAGGAAGGGUGCAUGAAUGCAUUGUAUCCCUUCACUGAUAGUUCAAGCUACGGUUUCAUGACUCAGGCUGAGCCUGUUUCUUCAACUACAUGUUCUCCAUCUCUUCCUCCCUUUGGGGAUGCUGAUUUGGGAUACUCACCUUUCUGAGCUCGGGUGAGGUAAGGUACAUUGUCUUAAAAACGGGUGUCUUACAAGAAAUUGUUACAUGGUGUCGAAUUAUCAUGAUUUCGAUGAAU